AUGUUCGAACUCAACAUGUCAGACACUGACUCUUUGAACAUUUUCGGCGUUUUUCGCUUCUAUCACAAAUGCUCACCGUACAAUUGCGGCGCUCCACCGCCUUUUCGAUACUUUUUCCGGGCGUUCACCGUUUUGACUAUUGUCGCUCAACUGUUUCGCGUCUACUGGAUGUUCUGGCAAUGCGGUUCGGAGACGUUCACAUUCGGAUGGGCCGAGAGCAGACUUUAUGGAUUUAUCGCCUUCGAAUCGUUUGUCAUUACCAUUGCUCUGGCGCGGAUGACGUCGAAUGACAGUUUGACGCGAUUCGAGAGGAAUUUGGGCGCUCUGCAGACGUUGAGAAUUCAUAAAAGUCGGCAUAAGAAGCACGACAACUACCGUAUCCUUUAUAUUCGACUUUUCAUCGCCGGAAUCUUCCUUUUCGUCUCGUUUUUGCUCACCGCCGUCUACCUGUCCUCACAUAAAUUGGUCACUUUUGGAGCGUACGUUGCAUUAACACAAUUUCCAGACAAAACCAAUAUGUUUUUCAGUGAAAAGCACAGUAGCUGGUACUGGAUUCUGGACCCCAUCAUCGCCGUCCUUUGCGGCUAUUCCAAUCUGCUCUAUCUGCCCACCCAUUCACUUUUACACCACGCUCUCACCCGAGAAUUCGACGUUUUCAAUGAGGAAAUUGAAGAGGCGUCGAAGGGCAAAAAACUGGCGGUGCGCGUUCGAAUUUAUUGAGUUGGAAUCUCGUUUUCUGGGACAAAAACUGUCGUGUGUGCUUGAAUUGCCGAUAAACGAGAUCAUUUCAGACCCUUCCAACCCUUCGAACAUUUGGAGAGCGACAAGUGAAGCUGUUCGAGUACGCCAAUUUUAUGACUGGACGAAUGGGUAAUCAGUUUUGAAUUGGAUAAUAUUUGGGUCUGAAAAAGUGGCUCGUUUCAGAACGCCUAAUGACUUGGGCUCCAUUAUUCGCACUAAUCGCCCUGCUCAUGGGCACUUAUAUAGUUUCAGAGUGAGUACAGCGUAAGUAUACAUCAGUUUUUUGUGUUACAGGUUCGAUAAAACUCCAAAAACGGUGUACCUGAUCUGUCUAAUCUCUGUGACAAUUUCCUGUUUCAUCAUGAGCUUCACCCUUUUGUAUCCGGUCGCUUUUGUUCAGGAAGCGGUGAGUAGGGCAUGUUUUCUAGGUCUCAAAUGUUUUUUUUCAAAUUCUCGACAACUAGUACUUGGUUUUUGUAGUUGAAAACUUUUUUGUACGACCACUCUCUGGGGUACUGUAGCGCUUGGAAGUUGACAAUAUCAAAAAUCCUCUAAAUUUCGGCGCCAACUUCAAAGAGCUACAAUAUCUUUAAAAGUGCUUAUUGUAAAAAGUGGUCAACUGUAAAAAUGAUCUUCAUAAUAUGUACUUUAUCUUUGUAAUUGACAAUUUUUUUCCACGACCACUUAUACGGUUACUGUAGCUCUUGAAAGUUGGCACUGAAUUAUUAUCGACUGCAACUUUCAAGAGCUACAGUAUUCCGGAGAAUGAUUUUACAAAAACGUUGUCAACAAGAAAAGUCAAGUACUAAACAUUAUUAUCAUUUUAGUAGUUUACAACUUUUAGGAUCAUUUUCACUGGUUACUGUAGCUUUUGUAAGUGAAAGUUUCUUACAAAAAAGUGUACUAGACCCUUGUAGAACCUCUCGGAACUCUACAAUACUCGGAUACCAAACUUCUCCCCGUUCCAGAUGACCAAAACCGCCUCAAUCCUGAUGAAUGACGCCCAGAUCCAGCAAUCCGAUGAUCCUUUCGUCUUCCAAUGCUACCGUAUCAUGCUCGAUCGAUCAAUGCACAAUCGGACGAUGAACCAUGUGCUCCACGUGUUCUCAGUGACCCGCAAAAACAUUGAAAAGGCUUUUUUCGUCCACUCCCUCGUGAUAAUUGUGAUGGUCAUCGUGCACGACUUCCAACAGGGACUUCAAGUUGGAUUCGGCCAAUUGGCAAAGUUUGUCACUCUCAUUCCACACGCUAAUUGA